GUGAAGCUUGCCGCUAUUGCCGUUCUCGCCUCUCUCCUGAUCGUCGGAUGCUUCGCCGGCGAAGAUGGUAGCUGCGACAAGAUGCUUUGCACCGGGGAAAGUCAUUCCGUCUGCGGAAGCAAUGGUGUCACCUACACUCCACGACAAAAAGAUAUGGACACCACCAAAAGUGGCUGUAACUUCUUCCACAACGACAACUGCGAUAACGGCCAGACGUGGAGAGUGCUGCACAAGGGCAUGUGCCGAAGGGACGAGGGCGGCAGCAAGUAA